ACACCUCACAGAACAUCUAGCAAAACAAAUAGAGACAUUUGAGUUUUACUAGAAUAUUAUACACAGAGUUUACGCGUAGAAAAGUUCAUUUUGAAAUAGUUUGUAGUACUGUCAAGAUAACAAAAACAAACAAAAACAAAACUGCUGAGAAGAUUAAAUUUGAAGUCAACACUACUAAACUAAAAAUACUUUUUGUUUAAUUUCAAAAUACUGAUCUAUUAGCACAUUUCAAAGCAUCAGAGUUGAUAGCAAAAAAAAAUAAAAAAAUUGUUAUUUUGUCUCUUUAGCUUGUAGUGUAGGUAAAAUAAUAAGUUGGACAUCAGACAAUCAUACAAUAGGACAAUCACACAAUCAGAUAAUCACAAGCAUUAGUCAAGCUUUCCUCGACAACAAAACCAUCUCGGCGACAUCGCUGAAAACAAAGAUUCGAACUUUAAACCGCAGGAUGGAUUGCUGCUUCACUCUACUUACUACCGCAAUGAUUGUAACACUUGUGUCAGCCAGCCCGGUUGCCAAAGGGCAUGUCGCGCCCACUGACCACACAUGUGGGAUCAAAGAUUAUAAUGGUAUCAAAGAGAGACUACUGAUGAAUGCCGACGUCUUUGACUCGUUGUAUCGGUUACAUACCUUUGCUGCAGCCAGCGCCAUACUGACCUACAACAGGACCGCCGAUAUCUAUACAUGUGGCACGGACUGCAAGAAAAGAAAAGAGAACCUUCCCCACGGCGGUGAAACAUGCCCCAGUGUUGCAGUAGAGAACGUGGAUAAGAACCGAGUCCCUUGUGUCAUGGAAGAGGUCAGAUGUGCCUGUCAGACUUGUAAGUUCCCCAAAGAUUUUGGUGAAAAUAAAACGUACACUUGUAGGCCAAUCUACCACUACGUGCCUGUGAUGAGAGGUGAUCACACACUCCCCAAAGAGCGGUGGACUCAGUACCUGGAGCCUCUUAUUGUCGGCUGCAAGUGUGUGCCUCAUGCUCAAGAAGGCACUAAACAAAAGCCUGACAAAUGUUUGGUCACAAAGAAACCUAAAUGCCCCAAAGGCUGCAAAACGCAAGGAGGAAAGUGUACAAACUGUAGAAGGUCGAAAAAACAAACAAAAGAAACCAAAAGCACACAGCGAGGAUGAAGUUUGUUCCUUGAUGGCUCAAUAGUUGUAUCUAUUGUAUGAUACGUAGACAGAUAUAUCUGUGCUUUCAUAACUGCUAUUAUCGCUUGCCAGUCAUUAUAUCAUUUCCUUUUUUUUUAUAUAACACUAUACUCUGACAUUUUUUUAAAAUUGCAUUUGCUUGAGAUAUUUUAGAUUGUAUAGAACUCAACAAUUUAGAAUCCUAGGGGUUGAGUUUGUUUUGCUUUUAUUUCAAAUCUAAAUCGUGUAUCUCUACUUCUUUAUCAUGCUUCAGUUUUAUCCCCUUGUAUAAACUCUUCUACUUUCCUGUUUCCAUUGAGAUCAUGUUUUUGAAAAUCCUAGAUCGAAAUAAUUCAAGUCUGUUGAUUUUAAUCAUCUUGUAUACAUUCUUCGUAGAAUAUAUUUAGGUCUGUGCGUAUACUAUUACUUACCCUAAAUAGUAUCUAACAUUUCCGGCUAAACUAAAAAUGUAAACAUCUAUUAAAAUAUGCCUUUUUUUUUUUUUUUCAACUGAUUAGAAUUUGAAUGCCAAACUUGAGCCACUAUUGCUUCUCACUCUUGUUAUUUGUUUACCACCAAGCUAAGAAGACCUAUAAUGUAUAGAAAUGCUGACUGCAUUGUUGUACCUAUCAGUAUUUAAGCUUUCUAUUCGCUUAUUGAUUUCAUAGCCUAACUAUAAAAAAAUAACUUUCGGACUGAUAUUCGUUUUAUUCACAAAGUUUAAAACCAUAUCAAAAUAGUAGUAAAAAAAAAAUAGAUUAAAUAUAGAAACUUUCAUGCAAGGACACUUUUAUAUAUAUACAAAUUUCUAAUCGUGGAUUGUAUUGUUGUUAUGGUCUGUUCUAGUUCUAGCUAUAUAGGAUCCAUUUUCUAGAUCUAAAUCUGUUCAGAUGUUUUGUUGUUAGACCUAUUCAUGAUUCAAUCUACCUAGAAAUGUAUUGCACAUUGUCGAUUUCUUUGUUGACAAUAUUUCCAAUGGAACCAAUCUAUCGCGCUCUCAUGAGAAGUCUUUGUCUACAUCCAGUUAGCUAUGCAAAGCCUUUCAUUUGUUUAUUUUGUAUUGAACGUAUCCCAGCAUGCUUGUCGGUGCACUCUUUAGUUAGAGAACUAGUUAUACUACAUUUCAUGUGUAGAGAACUAGUUAUACCACAUUUCAUGUGUAGAGAACUAGUUAUACCACAUUUCAUGUGUAGAGAACUAGUUAUACCACAUUUCAUGUGUAGAGAACUAGUUAUACCACAUUUCAUGUGUAGAGAACUAGUUAUACCACAUUUCAUGUGUAGAGAACUAGUUAUACCACAUUUCAUGUGUUUCGUUUAAACUUUAUCGACCCAGAAGAGCUGUUGAACAAUCUAUUUAUCAUUAUUUUUGUUUACAUUGAAUAUUAAUUUAUUUGUUAAGAAAUUCACUAUUACCUAUUAUGGUAAUAUAACUGUAAGCUUUAUAAGCGCCAAGUGGAUUUUCUUUUUCAUUAGAUACAACGAAUUGACACUAUUUUUUUAUUUGAUGAUCUGUAUAGUUUUCUAAUUGUUUACGGUGGGAAAAAAAAAAAACAUCAUCAUCUAUAUCUAAUGAAUAGACCCGCUUGAUAUGUUAUUACAUAUGAACUGAGUAUGCUUUAUAAGCAAUUAUUUAAGAUUUAUUAUUUAAUUACACGUUAUGUUUGUUUUAUCUAACAAUAAACAUAACUAAAAUGUGAUGUUUAAUGUAUUUAUUAAAGUGUUUGCCUCUUUUGAUUGAAUUCCUUAUUAGUAUAUAGAAUUCUAUAGUCUGACACCUUGGUGCAAGCCAAUGUCGUAAGCUUUUAGUAUCUGUUCCAAGAGUUUUUCUUCACCAAUGAAGGCUGUUAUAUCUAUAUUUCCUCAAUGUACUGACCUGUAUCUAAAGCCUUAUAUCUAUAUUUCCUCAAUGUACUGACCUGUAUCUAAAGCCUUAUAUCUAUAUUUCCUCAGUGUACUGACCUGUAUCUAAAGCCUUAUAUCUAUAUUUCCUCAAUGUACUGACCUGUAUCUAAAGCCUUAUUCUCAGCUGCUAAGAAACACUAAAUCUGAACUACCGUUGGCGUAGAAUUAGAUAAUUAUUAAUUUGCUUUCUUAAUAACUCCAAGAAUUUGAUUUGAUCCAAACAAAAGAAAUAUAAAGAUACAUUUCAACAUUGCGUUUAAUUAAUGUCUCUCUUGCAGGCCAAAUUAUAGACAAGUGUCCUUUUUGUUUUGUUUUUACUUGUAUGUUUUGUUUGUAUACAAACGGUGAGUCCCUCAUAAUCUUGUGAUUUGUUGACAAUAUUCGAUGUUCUUGAAAUAUAAUGCUGUUGAAACCUUUACCCUUUACAAAGUCCCUCCAUAAUUUAGAUGGUAUUAUAAUUCAGAUUGAAAGUAAUGUGUAUAGCAUACGUAUGGUUGUUUUUGUUUAGUUUCGCCUGAAUAUUUCAGUAUACCGUAUAUGUAUAGAUACAUUUUUUUGUAUUUAACGUAAUACCAAUGGAUAUUUGUUGCAUUGAUAUUGUCUAUAUUGAGAUGAAAUGUUUCGCUGGUAUGUUUCUACCAAUGCUCGAUGAACAAUAAAAUACUGAUGAUCCUUAACAUU